ACUGGGACGGACUGGGACGGACUGGGGUGGUCUGAGCUUAUGUUGGGACGGUCUGAGCUUAUACUGGGCUGGACUGGGAUUGUCUGAGCUUAUACUGGGCUGAACUGGGGUCAUACUGGGUUGGACUGGGAUGGUCUGGGCUUAUAUUGGGACUGUCUGAGCUUAUACUGGGCUGGACUGGGACUGUCUGGGGUCAUACUGGGCUUGACUGGGACGGUCUGGGGUCAUACUGGGCUGGACUGGGAUUGUCUGGGGUCAUACUGGGCUGGACUGGGACGGUCUGGGGUCAUACUGGGACGGACUGGGGUGGUCUGAGCUUAUGUUGAGACGGUCUGAGCUUAUACUGAGCUGGACUGGGAUUGUCUGAUUUUAUACUGGGCUGGACUGGGAUUGUCUGAGUUUAUACUGGGCUGGACUGGGACUGUCUGGGGUCAUACUGGGCUGGACUGGGACGGUCUAGGGUCAUACUGGGUUGGACUGGGAUUGUCUGAGCUCAUCCUGGGCUGAACUGGGGUUAUACUGGGUUGGACUGGGAUGGUCUGGGCGUAUACUGGGAUGGUCUGAGCUUACACUGGGUUGUACUGGGGUGGUUCGGGUUGUACUGGGAUAGUCUGAGCUCAUACUGGGCUGGACUGGGGUAGCCUGGGUUUAUACUGGACUGUGCUGGACUCUGCUUGGCUGUACUGGGUUAUAAUGGUCUGUACUGGGUUAUAGUGGGUUGUACUGGGUUAUAGUGGGCCGUACCGGGUUAGACUGGUCUGUACCGGGUUAGACUGCUCCGUACCGGGUUAGACCGGUCUGUACCAGGUUACACCGGGCCGUACCAGGUUAGACUGCUCCGUACUGGGUUAGACUGCUCUGUACCGGGUUCCACCGGGCCGUACCGGGUUCCACCGGGCUGUACCGGGUUAGACUGCUCUGUACCGGGUUCCACCGGGCCGUACCAGGUUAGACUGCUCCGUACUGGGUUAGACUGCUCUGUACCGGGUUCCACCGGGCCAUACCGGGUUCCACCAGGCCGUACUGGGUUCCACUGGGCUGUACCGGGUUAGACUGCUCCGUACCAGGUUCCACUGGGCCAUACCGGGUUCCACCGGGCCGUACCGCCGGCUGGGGCCGUGGAUCGGUGCCCUCAUGGAGCGGUUCGUGGCGGGGAGCCGGGCGGUGCUGCAGGAUCACGUCCGGCAGCAGCGGGAGAUCCACGUGGUGAUGGGCAACGAGGCCUGCGACCUGGACUCCACCGUCUCGGCGCUGGCCCUGGCCUAUUUCCUAGCCCAGACCGCCCCGGCGCCCAAAGCCGCCUUCGUGCCGGUGCUGAACAUCCCCCGCGCCGACUUGGCGCUGCGGACGGAGACGACGUUCCUGCUGCGGGAGCGGGGGAUCCCGGCCGCCUCGCUCGUCUUUCGCGAUGAGAUCGACCUCGGGGGGCUGCACCACGCCGGGCUGCUCUCCCUGACGCUGGUGGAUCACCACGUCCUGCCCGGUGCUGACGCUGCCCUGGAAGAGGCCGUGGUGGAGGUUGUGGACCACCGGCCGCUGGAGCGGGACCGCGGCGCCCCGUGCCGGGUGACCGUGGAGCCCGUGGGCUCCUGUGCCACGCUGGUGACCGAGCGGAUCCUGCAGGGCCCCCCGGGCGUGCUGGACGCCACCACGGCCACGCUGCUGCACGGCACCAUCCUGCUGGACUGCAUCAACCUGAGCCCGGCCGCGGGCAAGGUGACGCCCAGGGACGUGGCGUGUGUGUCCCUGCUCGAGGAGAGGUUCCCGGAGCUGCCGGCCCGUGACGCCGUGUUCGGAGCCCUGCAGGCGGCCAAGUUUGAUGUCACAGGGCUGACCACAGAGCAGAUGCUGCGGAAGGACCUCAAAGUCAUCUCCAAUGACGAGGCGCUCAUCGGCAUCAGCGGCGUCUUUGAGGAUCUGGAAACGUUCCUGCUCCGGCCUGGCUUGCUGCAGGACCUGGAGGCUUUCUGCCAGGCCCGUGGCUACGCGGGGCUGGUGGCCAUGACCGUGUCCUUCAACCAACGCCACGAGCCCACGCGGAAACUCGCGGUCUACAGCGCGCAGGAGCCCCUCCGCAGCACGUUGUGCCGGGCGCUGGAGGAGGCGACGACGCCGCCGCUGCUCCUGCGGCCGCUGCCGAGCCCCUGGCCCUGCGUGGCCGCCUACGCCCAGGGCAACGCCGUGGCCGCUCGCAAGAAGGUGCUGCCCAUCCUGCGGGCAGCGCUGGGGGGCCUGGGGGCUGCCGGGGGUCCCGAGGAGGAGGUGGCGCCCCCGCCCACCCCCAUGAACAGCCUGGUGGAGGAGUGUCCCCUGGCGCAGGCCGUGCCCCCGCUGUGUCCCCAGGACGUCCUGGAGCGGGUCAGCCGCAUCGCCGUGGGGCAGCCCCCCGGCUCCCCCAAAUAGCAGCAGGCACCUCGUGGCUUUUUUGAGGUCUGGAGGAGAAGUUGGGGUCCCUGGGCAGCCCCCCCGGUGGGGUGCCUGGGUGUGGGGCGGGGUUGCAGCUGAGCUCGGCUCCUGGUCCUCCCUGUGCCCCAGUGGUCCCCAGGGUGGGUUUGUGGGGAUGCCACGGGCAGCAGUUGCACCCCCUUAAUGAAGGCGUUGGGGUGGGGGAGUUAACGAGUUCUUGAUGAUCUUCCUUCCUUGGGGGGCCCCAGAGGGUGGGUCCGGACAUGCAGCCGUCCAGAAGUGUCAGUUUUCCAAGGAUUAAAUCUCCCUUUUCUUCCA